AUGAGCGUAAACUGCUGUCGCUCGCCUACGAGAAAAUUGUCGACCUUCGCCCUCAAUCGAGCUGAAGCAGGAGAGCAAAGCGGCAAUGGUGCAGGCAAAGCUUGUCCAGGAGUCCAGGAGUACCGAAAGGUUAUCAAAAUGGAGCUCGAGACUGUCCACAACGAUAUUAUAGAACUUGUUGAUAAUUGGUUGCUAACUGAAGCCGUUUCUGGCGAAUCUAAAAUGUUUUACUUUACUCUAAAAUGCUCGAACGCCGAUAAUGCUGCUAAGGCCUAUAAAGAAGCGAAAGAAGGUGCCUUCGUACACCUAACUCCUACACCUCCACUCCUUUGGCCGUGGCCGAAGGCGUUUGAUGAUGCAAUUGCUGGUACGUUGCUUACUGAAACUAACGUGUCGCACCUGACUCACCAUACAGAGCUUAACACUGUCAGUGAGGACUCGUAUAAGGGGUCUACUAUGAUUAUGCAGCUGUUAUGUGAUAAGCUAUAUGUUGUGUCCUGGGAAGAUCAUGAGGAUUGA